AUGAAGGACGAUAACUACGAGGGGAUUUUUAUUCACUUCUCCGACGGCAAGAUUUUCCUCUGGAGCUAUUUGGAGGAGCUCUUGAAAAACGAAAAAUUCAAGGAUAUUCCCAAGUUGAUCUUUCUUGAAGCUUGUAGGGGACAAAUGCAUGAGUUCGCGCCGCCAGAAGAUGCAAUGAUGGCAGAUGCUCGCAGACACUCGAAUUCCAUUUACCCGCCGCCAGAGAAUACCUAUCCUUUACGAAGAAAUGUAGCACUUUUCGCAGCUUCCACAGAAGGAAAUGUAGCGCUUCUGCCGCUCGAUCCAGAGAAGGCUUCGUAUUUCACCGACGCCGUGUGCACCGCUCUACGCGAUCAUCCAUACCAAGACCUGCAAGAACUCAAAAGACGAGUUGUCGCCGAUCUGAGCAAUACAAGACCGUUAGUUGAGGCGAGUCCAGGCGAAUGGCGAAAUGUUCACUUGUGUCCUGUGCUGGAAGACAGCUUUACGCGCGAAUUCAAGUUCUUACAGUAA